AGGAAGUGGUCUUUUAUAAACUCUUUAUUGACUGGCGUUGUCCGCUCUGUAGCGAAAACAAGCCAGCGCGCAACGCCGACUUCCUUUCCACGACGUGCUCUCCAAAAUGCAGAAGAAACAGAAGGAACCGAUCCACUCCGUACAGGUCUUCGGACGUAAGAAAAGCGCAACUGCGGUCGCGUAUUGCAAAAGAGGCCGUGGAAUUCUUCGCGUAAAUGGACGUCCAUUGGAAUUGGUGGAGCCCCGUGUGCUUCAAUACAAAUUGCAGGAGCCUAUUCUUCUUCUCGGCAAGGAGAAAUUCUCUGGUGUAGACAUCAGGGUCAGAGUAAAUGGUGGUGGUCAUGUAGCUCAAAUCUAUGCCAUCCGUCAGGCUAUCUCCAAGGCUCUUGUUGCAUUCUACCAAAAGUAUGUCGAUGAAGCCAGUAAAAAGGAAGUCAAGGACAUCCUUAUUCAGUAUGAUCGUACCCUCCUUGUUGCUGAUCCAAGACGUUGCGAGCCAAAGAAAUUUGGCGGUCCAGGAGCCAGGGCACGCUACCAAAAAUCUUACCGUUAAUUUCGGUGGAUUUUACAUACAUCUUAUUCAUAAUAUUGAAUAAAAAAAAAUUAAAAACAUUA